AUGGGGGCUUCUCAGAUACCAUCAAAGUUCCAUUUAUCCCAUCAGGAGCAUCACAAGCCUUCCCAGGCCCCGACUCCUACCAGAGCGGACUCGAAUAUCGAGAAGGACAUCACGACCAUUGACGACAGCCCCGUGCCGCUGUUGACAUGGCGAACUUCCCUCCUCGGUAUCGUCGCCUCCAUGGGAGGUUUCAUCUUCGGUUACUCAACUGCUCAAAUUUCCGGUUUCACAACGAUGGAGGACUUCCUGCUUCGAUUCGGCCAGGUUCAUCAUGAGACUGGCGAGCACUACUUCAGCAAUGUCCGUAACGGUUUGAUCGUGGGUCUGCUGUCCAUCGGUACCAUGGUUGGUUGUUUGCUUGCUGCUCCCAUUUCCGAGAGAACUGGUCGGAAAAUAUCCAUCACCUUCUGGUGUGUCAUUCACAUGGUCGGCAUUAUCGUCGAGAUGUCCAGUGCCACCAAAUGGUACCAAGUUGCGGUGGGCCGUUUGGUUGCUGGUCUGGGUGUUGGCGGUUUGUCCACCAUUGUCCCCAUGUACCAGAGUGAAGCUGCUCCGGUGAAAGUAAGAGCUGCUAUUGUCAGUAUGUUCCAACUGUUCGUCACCUUCGGUAUCUUCAUCUCCUACAUCGUCAACUACGGCACCGAGAGAAUCCACUCCACUGCCUCCUGGCGUAUCACCAUGGGCAUCGGUUUCGCAUGGGCCUUGAUUCUCGGCCUUGGUAUCAUGUUUGUCCCUGAAUCCCCACGUUUCCUGUACCGCCAAGGCAAAAUCGAGGAGGCUCGUCAGGUCAUGGCCAAACUGGCCGGUGUCCCACCCAACCAUCGCCAGAUCGUCUUGGAGAUGCAGGAGAUGAAAGAGAAGCUCGACGAAGAGAAAGCCGCCGGCAAGGCGCCCUGGUACGAGGUGUUCACGGGCCCAGCCAUGUUCUGGCGGACAACGCUCGGAAUGGUCCUGCAGUCCCUGCAACAGCUCACUGGUGCCAACUUCAUCUUCUUCUACGGUAACACUAUCUUCUAUGCCACCGGCCUUGAGAACAGCUAUGAAACCCAGAUUAUUAUGGGAACUGUCAAUUUCGCCAUGUCCAUCGUCUCCCUGUGGGUCGUCCAGCGCUUCCGCCGUCGUCCCAUCCUAAUUAUCGGUGGCAUCGCCAUGUUCAUCUGUUUCCUGAUCUUCGCCUCCGUCGGCCACUUCUCCCUUGACCAUGAAAACCCCCAGAAUACCCCCAAAGCAGGCACGGCACUUAUUGUCUUCUCCUGCUUCUUCAUCGCCGCAUACGCCGUUAGCUGGGGUCCACUUAUCUGGGCUAUCUGCGGUGAGCUGUUCCCAUCCAAAUACCGUGGCGUUUGCGUCAGCUUGAGUACCGCAUCCAACUGGACCUGGAACUUCCUCCUCUGCUUCUUCACGCCCUUUAUCUCCAGCGCCAUCGAUUAUCGGUACGGUUACGUCUUCGGCGCAUGCUGUGCUGCCGGAUCCAUCAUCACCUACUUCUUCGUCAACGAAUCCUACGGCCGGACCCUCGAGGAAAUCGACACCAUGUACGUCAUGCACGUCAAGCCAUGGCAGAGCAAGAACUGGGUUGCUCCUCCUGCCAUCCGGGACGGCGAGAACAGGGUCCCCGGCUUGGAAAGCCACGAAGCUACUCCUGCACACAGUUCGACUGAGGCCCUUUGA